CAAUGACCGGCAGAAGUGAUGGUGUCACCGGCCUGAAAUAAAGCGAGAGAGGGAGAAGAGGAAAGAAAGAAAAACAAAGGCAGUGGGAUUAUUCAUGAGGCAGGAAGUUUUGACUGUGCAGUUGGAGGUUGGUGAUUAGGAGUGAGUGGAGCAGAGUAAUGUAGUGCAGGGGGAGCAGGAGCCCAGCCCUGCAGCUGGAAAGCAAGAAAGAGUUCAUGUCACACAGUCUCUCUCACGGAUAAUAAACACACCCCUGCCUCCCAGGCUCCUGCUCAUCCCACAGCCAAAAGUAGCGCUGCCGACACGUGCAACUGCCUGACACUCGCAGGAUUAAACUCUGACAACGUUUCUACCUUCUUGCGCACGGAGCUGCUGCACUUCUACCGGUGUAUGACGAUUACAUUUCUCUACCUGUAUUUAGUCUGCCCUGGAUGCUGCUGCCUUUCAUCUACCUCGGGAGGUUUACAAACUUUCUCCAGCACUUUACAAAUCACACUUCUCUCUCAACUUGGUGGAUGAGAAGCGAUUUUGGAGUCGAAGUCGUGCACCCUGCACUGUGCAGUUACCUCCAUCCUGGUCUCAGGAUUAGGGGGUGCCCUUGUCAAUCUUGUGCUGGGAUUGCUUUAAUUGACAGAGGAUUAUAAAGCUUUUGGGAUGCCUGUGAUUUAUCCUACAGCCUGACAAGCUUUCUUUGAAGACCCAUGGACUGAUGGAGAAAUGACGAUUUAAGAAGCUGGGACAUGAGCCAUGGAAAUUGUGAAUGGCGGUAUAAAUAGUCACACGGAUGUUGUACCUAAUGGGUACAUGAACAGAAGCUUUCAAGCGUGUCCCAAGGAGACGAACACUAGCGCCAUGGCUAUUUGUGAGUUUGAGCAUUGUGAUGUGGGUGGUGCUACCACAGAGCUACAGAUGGAGGAUGCAGCGGGCAGGUAUGAAAAGAAACCAAAAGGGACCCGAAUUUGGAGUUUUGUGAACAGAAGGAGGGCGAAUUUAUCAAGGAACAAGAGGCCUCAGUCUAUGAUACUCACUAGUGAGAUAAACGAGCCUAAACCUAAACUGUCUUUCAUGGACAAGGUAAGAUCUUUCAAAAGGUUAAGGUCAUCUACAUUCUCCAAAAGCUCAGUGCUUCGCAAUUCCAAGGCUAAGGUUGAAAGCCUGCCUACUGACAACGUUGAUGUGAAUAACACGCGUGCUAUGUUUAGAACAAGGAAAUUUGCUGAUGGCCAAAGGCCUUACAGGCAUUCCUAUGCUGGAUAUAUUGAUGACUUAGACUGUUCAUUUGAAGACGUUGAGUUAAACAUUUGUAUCUCUGAAUGUGACUCUAAUGAGAACAAAUGGCUUAGAGAUAUGGCAGUUGGAAUGAAUGGGGAUACAGACAUUGUAGAUAGUCAAAGCUUGACCAGCCAUCGCAGACAUGCCCUUACCACUAAGAGCUCAACUAUUGCCGAGGGGGAAAUCCAAAGAAGAGGACUUAAAAUCCCACCUGAGCACCGCAGAGGGCGCACCUCUUACAUGUGGAAUUAUCUGAAAGGGAUUUCACUGAAUACCAAAGAAAGCACAAAAGUAGAGGAUAAAAUAGAUAAAAGUACAUUUCAUAAUGCAGAACUCACAGAUACUACUUCGACUGCCUCUGAUAAAAGGAUGGAGGAUAGUGUUGACCAGACACGAUCAUCUGAUGGUGCCACUGCCACCAAAUCCAAAAAUCUUGGUGGGGUCUUUAGGUUUUUCAGCAAUAUGGCAGAGGCAGCCAGAAAGUGGCGAGGCUCUUCCAGAUCUUCCACAACCGAGGAUCAAACUUCUCAGUCGACUCCUCGGACUCACAGACUGCACAACACUUCAAGCAAGGAACCUUUGGUUAUAGAAAAUGAAAAUGCUCUAACACUUUCACUAGAAAUUCCUAGAUUGACUGAUCCAGUGGCAUGUGAUAGUCAUGCCCACAGCUACCACCCUGUUCAGGAUCGUUUACCCAUCCCCACAUCAGAGGUAGAGUUUGAUGACCCACUGCCAAUGCAGGAACAAGAUAGCAAGGAGAUGACAUGUUUGGGCAAGAACCAUUUUGAGGAUGAAGAACUUACACAGUCUUCUCAGACACCACCUUUAGAGACAUCUUUUGAAGAACAAAAUAAUUCUAGAACAGAGAGUCCCAGUCAAUGCUUGGAUACGCAUUCUAUAAAUUCUAUAACCUUAGAUGAGUCCAAAGAGGAAUGUGUUUUGGGAACCACCCCUGACAAUACAUUUUUACACGAACAGAGCUGUUUGGAGGAACCAGAAGAAGAUCCAUUUGAAUACAGCGAUUCUGCAACCGAGUCUCAUUUAGGCUUGUCCUUUCCUUCUUCAUCUUGUGAGGAGGAGCAAUGGGAGCAACAAUUGCAUGAUGUUACCAGAGAAGAAGAGGAGGUGGCAGAACCUCUGUGUGGUAGCCAAAGUUCUAUGUUCACACAGGAGCAGGUUCAAGAUCACCCAGAGCAAGUUCCAGAUCACCAUGAGCCAGUUCUAGGUCACCAGGAACAGGAGCCACAUUACCAAAAGCAGGAUCUGUAUUACCAGGAGCAGAAUCUAGAUCAUGGGAAGGAUCAAAAUUACAAAGAGCAGGAUCCAGAUCACCAGGAAAAGGAUCAAGUUUACCAGGAGCAGGAUCCAGAUCAUCAGGAAAAGGAUCAAGUUUACCAGGAGCAGGAUCCAAAUCACCAGGAGAAGGAUCAAGAUUACCAGGAGCAGGAUCCAGAUCAUCAGGAAAAGGAUCAAGUUUACCAGGAGCAGGAUCCAGAUCACCAGGAGACGGAUCAAGAUUACCAGGAGCAGGAUCCAGAUCACCAGGAGAAUGCUCAAAAUUACCAGGAGCAGGAUCCAGAGGAAGAUGCUCAUGAAAAUACCAAAGUCAAUGACUUUGACAAUGAUAGCAUCUUACCAAGUGACUCUGAUACUGACCAACAGAGCAAUGGAUAUGAACAAACAAUACCAUUCCAACCUUUUGAUGAAUUAGAGAAUGAAAACAUCUUGACGCCUUUGCGUCUCCCACCAACUCCACUUAAAGUGCCCGCGUUGAUCAAAUUACCACUGGACAGAUGCAUGUCAUUGCCUUUAUCCCAGAGCACUCCAUCUGGUCUUGAUCAAGUUGGGUGGAUGAAGAGGAGGUUGUUGACUUCAGGAGACGCUGACUUAGGCUCCAAGACUCUGGAAGUCCGGCGAGGCAGCAGAAGAGCAAAAAGCGGAUGGAAAGCCAUAAAGCUGGGAUCAAAUCAGUUUCCUGUACAUAAGCUGAUCAGUGGUGGAAAUAUUGUAAGUGCUGAGGCAGCAUGGGAUCAUGUCACCAUGGCCAACCGGGAGUUGGCGUUUAAAGCUGGUGACGUCAUCAAGGUCCUUGAUGCUUCCAACAAGGACUGGUGGUGGGGUCAGAUCGACGACGAGGAAGGAUGGUUUCCAGCCAGCUUUGUCAGGCUCUGGGUGAACCAAGAAGAUGGCGUGGAGGAAGGGACAAGCGAGGUGCAGAAUGGGCACCUGGACCCGACCUCCGACUGCCUGUGCAUCGGCAGAACACUUCAAAACAGAGAUCAGAUGAGGGCCAACGUCAUCAAUGAAAUCAUGAGCACAGAGCGGCACUAUAUUAAGCACUUGAAAGACAUCUGUGAGGGUUAUUUAAAGCAAUGCAGAAAGCGGAGGGAUAUGUUCAGCGAUGAGCAGCUGAAGGUGAUAUUUGGAAACAUUGAGGACAUUUACCGAUUCCAAAUGGGUUUCGUGAGAGAUCUCGAGAAGCAGUAUAAUACCGAGGAGCCGCACCUUAGUGAAAUAGGGCCUUGUUUUCUGGAACAUCAAGAUGGGUUUUGGAUUUACUCCGAGUACUGUAACAAUCAUUUGGAUGCCUGCAUGGAGCUCUCCAAACUCAUGAAGGAUGGGAGAUACCAGCAUUUCUUCGAGGCAUGCAGGUUGCUUCAGCAGAUGAUAGACAUUGCUAUUGAUGGGUUUCUCCUAACCCCUGUACAAAAGAUCUGCAAGUACCCACUACAGUUGGCCGAACUAUUAAAGUACACAGCACAGGAUCACAGUGAUUACAGGUACGUGGCAGCCGCUCUCGCUGUCAUGAGAAACGUCACACAACAGAUCAACGAGCGAAAGAGGAGGCUAGAAAAUAUCGACAAGAUCGCUCAGUGGCAGGCGUCAGUCAUAGACUGGGAGGGAGAUGAUAUCUUGGACCGAAGCUCAGAACUUAUCUACACCGGUGAGAUGCAGUGGAUUUACCAACCAUACGGACGCAACCAGCAAAGAGUCUUCUUCCUCUUUGAUCACCAGUUGGUUCUUUGUAAAAAGGACCUGAUUCGGAGAGAUAUUCUGUACUACAAGGGUCGCAUGGAUAUGGAUAAAUUUGAGGUUAUAGAAGUAGAUGACGGCAGGGACGAAGACUUCAAUGUGAAUGUGAAGAAUGCUUUUAAGCUUCAUAACAAGGAGACAGAUGAGGUGCAUCUUUUCUUUGCCAAGAAGCUGGAGGAAAAGCUUAGGUGGCUGCGUGCCUUUCGGGAGGAGAGGAAGAUGGUGCAAGAAGAUGAGAAAAUAGGUUUUGAAAUAUCUGAAUACCAGAAGAAGCAAGCAGCAAUGACUGUGCGAAAAGUCAGCAAGCAGAAAGCUGGUGUCAGCUGCCCUCGCUCCGUUCCUCCAGCAUAUCCGCCCCCUCAGGAACCAGGGGCCAUCCAAGGACAGUAUAUGGUGACCGAUGGCAUUAAUCAACCACAAGUUUUCGAGUUCACGGAACCCAGGAGAAGUCAAUCUCCAUUCUGGCAAAACUUCAGCAGGUUGACGCCUUUCAAAAAAUAAUACAGAGAUAUAAAUAUAUAUAUAUAAAUAAAUAUAUAUAUUGAGAAAGGAGUAUUAAAAAAAAAAAGAAGAAGAAAAUUAUAUUUAUAGAUGGACUUUUUUUCGGAGAAGCCUUGUCGAAACGAAACUAUGAAAGGACCAAAAAUUAAAUAAGAUAGGAAUAUUAACUAAAAACUUUAUUUUUUUUUUCUUUUUAAAACAACGUUUUUUUUCCUGUCAGAAAACAGAACUGAUUUGCUCCGGAAAUCUCCAUGAGACUCAUUUUCUCUGAAAAGCUCAUUUGUGACGACGGGACAUGCCCAUGCUGUGGCGUUCCCAGGACUUCACUUCCUGUGUUUGCUAGUGACAAAAUCAUGGCUUGUGGUUUAUUGGUUCCAGGGAAAUAUUGCACAUUUUAAGAGAGCAGCCAAUCCACUAUUAAGACCGGGAAGCCAAGAGCAGCCGGAUCACGUUGCACAACCUGCAUUCAUUUGAAGAAAUCUCGCCCAUCGUAAAUGUUGACCCCUCUAGCACUGAAGGAGUUAACCUGCCUUCAUAUAAUUACCCCCUCGUUAGUGUACUUUUUUUUUUUUUUUAAAUUACAGUUCGCAAUCUGAGUUUUGACAAAGUGAAUGCAAGGCAUUUCUUUACACUGUAUAGAGGCUGAAUUCAUGGAAUAGAAUACUGUGUAUGGUAAAACCAGAGGGACUGCAACUGAAACUGCCUGCACAUUUCCAGGACUUCUGUGUUGUUUCCAUUGGGUGUCAGUGCGGCGUGUGUUUACAAGCAGGCUCCCCAGGGACACUAGCGAUGAACCACUUACCUGUCAGUCUGCGCACUCUUCUACCUAUCUUGAGCUGUGCCUGUAAAAGGGAAAGUCUUUCUCGGUGGACCUGCCGGUCUCGCUCACUGCUUUAGUUGUUUUGUAGAUAUUCUUAGUGAUGACAAGUCAUGAGGGGAACAAUACUAGACUUUUUCAUUCCUCGUUCCUUUGGUGAGCAGACUUGCAUUUUUAAUGAUCAUUCUGUGGUGAGCUUUAUUUUUAUGUUCUGUUUUUCUUCCAAAGUAACCCUUUUGUUUAGUCUGUCAAUUUAUACCCCAAUAUGCUACAAGUGCGCAAUCAUACAAUCUUCCCUUCUGCAGUGGCUUUUAUUCAUUUGCUGAGUCCUAUUAAGUAAUCCCAACACUGACCAUUAGCAGCCCUUGUGGAGGCCUCCAGCACUUUCAGAUUGUUGGUGUUUUAUUAGUGUGCUUUCUCAACCUUAAAGCUGCUACCAACUGGCUCCAUUUUGGAGCCCCUAAUGUUACUGAGUUCCUUGGAAACUUAUUUAUUGAGUCAGUGGCUGGAAUGCCAAUACACCAGCUAGUUGGCUGCACCAGUGAAAAAGCCGUUACAUUGUGGAAGCACAGUAAUAUAUGGGCACAUAUUUGGAGGGUGUACAAACAGCACAUACAAAAGAAGAAAGUCCAUAUACUAAUGGGACACACUAAGGUGAUACGCAGGUAAAAAAAAACAAAUCAGGGCAGUUUGUCAAAAAAAGUUUCCAUUAAAAUGUUUUGUUUAGAUAUAAAAAGUUACCCUUUAAUCUUUUUUUUAACUUUGAGUCUGGGAAGUCUUUCCUGUCUCUUUUUUACAUGGGUGACAUAUUUGACCUUAUUGAUUAAUUAAAAAACUCGAAUUAAUUGGAUCGGGAAAAAAAAGAUAAAAUCAAGCAAAAACCCGAAUGAUUUCAUUUUUUUGUUUUUUUUUCCCCAAAACCCUGAAUAUUUUGGAUUUUUGGGCUAAACCCAGCUCGAACCAAGAUAAAUUGAGAGUGAUGCCUCUCCCAUUGACUUAUACAGGACAUGAGAUGGCAGAUUUUCAGAUUCUGGCUUUUUGCAGCAGGUUAUAAUAAAUCACUAAAAAUUCAAGUUUUUUUCCCAAACAGAUAAUUUGAGUUUUAGUAAAUAACCUUAGUCUGGCAGUAAGGUUUAGCAGCCAUACUUUUACCGGAAUGGUUUCUUCUCCAUAGUGGCAAUAAUGUUAGUCCUAUUAAAUGCCCGUAGGCAUUGCUUGAUCGCUUGUACUGUAGCGAGAGCUUGUGAUAGAAGGUUCCUGACCCCCCUGUGCAAUAAUUGCUGUCAAGCCUUGUUUGGCAUUGAUGUCAGCUUGAAGUUUAAAGAUCUGUCAAGUCAGUACAAAUCAUUUUGUUGGGAGCCAGCGAGAUUCUGAGGUCAGAACCAGUGAUGGGGGUGUAAAUUUUUCUCCAGUGCUGUUCUCUUUCACCCUCAUUGUUUUUUAGAACUUUACUGUAUAGGGGCCUCUUUUUAAAGCAAAACACGGUGUAUUAAAACAUAUUGUCUCAUAACUGCGUCUGAACACCAUC